CACAAACCAAUGUUGACUUCCUUCACUUCCACGUCAUUUCGACCAUGACAGCAAGAUUUGUGUCACGGGUGGAGCGCCGAUCAUUGCGGCCUUAACUGGGGACUUAAGAUCUCACAUAUCUGGAUAACAACAGGAGCAUAAUCAGAAGUGGCAGGAUGGGCCAGACACUCCGCAGACUACAGGAAAUAGACCGUCUGGGGUACUGCGGACCCACCGACUUGUCAGAUACUGAUGACCCCACCAAUGUCACCCAUCAACACAAAAACGCUAAUCAUACAAUAACAAGAUUCCCAAACAUUGAGAACCUUCCUCCAGAGCUCAGCUUAAACAUUCUCUCCCACCUCAAUGCCACCGAUCUUUGUCUAGCAGCUUGUGUCUGGGAAAACCUGGCAAAUGAUGAAAUUCUCUGGCUUGGAUUGUGCCGAGACUCGUGGGGAUAUACCAGUGCCUACAGAAAGAAGCCAGCCGGACUCACUUACAAGCGUCUCUAUCUCCUCCUAGAUGAGGCCAGUCUCACCUUCAACUUUAACCCUUUUGAGGGUGCGAGGUAUCUGUUCCGUCACGGUCUGCUGAACGACAACCCUAUAGAGAUAGCAAGAUUCCUUCAUCACACAAAGAGGAUUAGACCAGCGAAAAAGACAGAGUAUUUGGAUCAAAGGAGAGAUGCUUUAUCAAAGAUGGUGCAACUCCAGAAUUUUGAAAACCAGUUUUUACCCAACGCUCUCAGAAACUUUUUCGGUGAAGUGUCAGCACCUGAUCAGAGGGGAGAUUACCUCACUGAAAUUAUUGAGAAGUUCUCCGAGCGGUUCUGUAAUUGUAAUCCUCAGCUGGGUCUUUCUAAAGAUGCAGUGUUUGUGUUAUGUUUCUCUCUCAUCAUGUUAUCGGUCGAUCUCGCCAGUCCUCACGUUAAAAACAAAAUGUCCAAGCGAGAGUUUAUCAAGAACACUCGGAGAGCCACUGAGGGUGUAAGCGAUGACCUUGCGGGCCAUCUCUAUGACAACAUAUACCUGAUUGGUCAUGUCGCUGUUGAAGACAGAUAACAUCAACCUUUGUGCUAUAGAGUUUUAAUGUCAGGGCUAAGUUGUACAAAUCAGUAUUGUUAACUUGACAUGGGGUUAUUUUCAAAAAAAAUUGAUAAAAUCAGACUUUCAAGUCUCUUCAGGACUGCAAAUUCAAAUAGCACCUGAAGAAGCAUACAAGAAAUAAUUUUAAAAGAAUUGGGAAUAACUUUUUUCUAUAAAUAUACUGAUUUUUUUUAGUGUAGUGUAGUACCUUCUGUUUGGAACUGUCUGGAGAGAACUUGUUACCAUAUACAUGUACUUAAGUAUUACAAGAUAUUUUUUUAUAUCUUCACAAAGCACAAAGAAACUGAGAAAGUUCUGACCUACUCGUGAACAUUUAUAUGAUAUUGCAUUGAAAAAACAAUUCAUUCUUCUGGGUUUUUUUUAUCAAAACAUCUGGAUAUCAUCAGUAACCAAUCAAAUUGUUUGGGAUGUUUGAUUGGACAUAUUUGUAUCACACUAGUAUCACUGGUUUAUCAGACGGUUUAUAUUUACACUGCAGAGAAGCUUUCACUUCUAUUAUACUGAUGAAACACUACUAAAAAAAUAAUUUGAAAAAUGUUUUUUUCUGAAAAUUAUUCCAUGUCAUCAAUGAGAAUGUUUAUGACUACCUAUGUGUAGGUGACUUUGUACAAGGGAGUCCUGAUACCUUUGUAACAUUCUGAUGUAUUUUAUAUUAAUGUUAUUUGUAUAUAUAAGAAGCGUAUUUUUCAAUAUUUAACAACCAGCCAUCCGAAUCAAAACUUAUAUCCAUCCAUUUGUUACAAUAGUACACCAGGUAAAACUGUUUAUCUGCAUCUAUUGUCGUUUCCAAUGAAUUGCUUCUCCACACAAUUGUCAAUAUUGGAAAUGAUAUCAAACAGUUGAUUACAUGUUAUUUGGUAAUUCUGUGAUUGUUUAGGCAAAAUUGGUGCAAGAGGUGGUAAACACAUAUUUUUGUUCUGUAUUUACAUUGGAGCUUUGAUGAUUCAGCUAAAUGUGUUCCUAUCAUAUUUGUUAAGUCCACUAGAAUAAGAAAUCAUACCCUGUGGGGUGACAGAGAAAUCAUACCCUAGGGAUGACAGAGAAAACAUACCCUAGGGAGUGACAGAGAAAACAUACCC